GGCUACCAAAGGGCGACGCUCAGACACAGACCGCUUGGUGCAAGGCCUACUGCAGCUACUCGCACUCCCUGUACUUGGUGGCGCUUCUAAUCCCCAUCCGCACACCAUUGGAGAUCGACUAGUUGUGUAGGUACAUAUCCACUAUCAUGACUGCUCCAUUGGCCCUCCGUCAUACCAUCAACUUGCACAUUGCGCAUAAAAUUUCUCCUUCGCAGCGAUUUCUUCUGUUUGUCACUUUACACUAUGACCGACCCCAAGAAGGCACAGAAUCUUGCUCGAAUCCGUGACAAUCAGCGACGAUCACGAGCGCGGCGAAAGGAAUAUUUGCACGAGCUGGAAGCUAGAUUGCGUGACUACGAGCAGGUGGGCAUCGAGGCUUCCGCAGAAAUCCAAAGUGCUGCCCGCAAGGUGUUGGACGAGAACCGCAGAUUGCGAGCGCUGCUCCAUGAUCGUGGCAUCCCUGACUCGGACAUCGUUGCGGCAAUGGGUGGCUUGAACGAUCGAUCAUACGACCAGAUUUCGUCAUCUGCGUCAUUAAGUGCUACGCUUGAGAAGAAGAUUACUUGCAACACAACGGCGUUUUUGACCUCACCGGUCAGCCCAUACCCAUCGGACGCCAGGAAUGGCCCGCAUACAUCUACUGUAGCGCCGCUGGCGCUGCCAAUGCCUCGUUCCGCGGCACUUAGCAGCAACGAUUCCCCAAGUCCUCACUCCAUCAUCUCGGAUAUGGGCACUCCUCCUCCUUCGUUUCAUGGUACGCCCUACAUGCACACUCUGACACCAGACCCUGGAGCUAAACCAGGGGAUUUGCCACUAUACAUGCCAUACGAUCCGUCUAUACAACAUCCUUGGCCACAGCUGCACCAGCACACGCACGAGCACACGCACGAGGAACAAUACGUCGCAAAUCCCACGAGUUACUACAACGCAACAUCCUGCAUCGAUGCAGCCAAGAUCAUACGGACAAUGCGCACCGGCACAGGUCCAGAGCUGGAAACUGACCUUAGCUGCCGACCUGGGCAACACUGCUACGUUGGCAAUUCGAUGGUCUUCAACAAUCUGGACAGAUACGGGAGUCCGCAUGGCGUAUGAAAAAGACACAGCACCCCCAGAGAGAAGAACCCUUACAUCAUAAGCCAGUGACUGUACUCCAGCGAACUAGAGGGAAGCAUGUUUUUGCUUGCUCAUACGCCUACCUUGAAAGACUUGGUCAACAUCCCAGGUGGGACAACGACAUGGAAUCGACGCUGAUCCUUACCAGCA